AUGGCAUCCCCUGAAUGUGAAUCUCCAUGGCAACCCCUGAAUGUGAAUCUUCAUGGCAACCCCUCAAUGUUAAUCUCCAUGGCAACCCCUCAAUGUGAAUCUUCAUGGCAUCCCCUCAAUUGGGGAUAUUCAUUACGACCUGUAACGCUGGGAUAUUCUUCACGACCUGUAACGCUGGGAUAUUCUUCACGACCUGUAACGCUGGGAUAUUCUUCACGACCUGUAACGCUGGGAUAUUCUUCACGACCUGUAACGCUGGGAUAUUCUUCACGACCUGUAACGCUGGGAUAUUCUUCACGACCUGUAACGCUGGGAUAUUCUUCACGACCUGUAACGCUGGGAUAUUCUUCACGACCUGUAACGCUGGGAUAUUCUUCACGACCUGUAACGCUGGGAUAUUCUCCACGACCUGUAACGCUGGGAUAUUCUCCACGACCUGUAACGCUGGGAUAUUCUCCACGACCUGUAACGCUGGGAUAUUCUUCACGACCUGUAACGCUGGGAUAUUCUUCACGACCUGUAACGCUGGGAUAUUCUUUACGACCUAUAACGCUGGGAUAUUCUCCACGACUUGUAACGCUGGGAUAUUCUUUACGACCUGUAACGCUGGGAUAUUCUCCACGACCUGUAACGCUGGGAUAUUCUCCACGACCUGUAACGCUGGGAUAUUCUCCACGACCUGUAACGCUGGGAUAUUCUUCAGCACCUGUAACGCUGGGAUAUUCUUCACCACCUGUAACGCUGGGAUAUUCUCCACGACCUGUAACGCUGGGAUAUUCUUCACGACCUGUAACGCUGGGAUAUUCUCCACGACUUGUAACGCUGGGAUAUUCUCCACGACUUGUAACGCUGGGAUAUUCUUUACGACCUGUAACGCUGGGAUAUUUUCCACGACCUGUAACGCUGGGAUAUUCUCCACGACCUGUAACGCUGGGAUAUUCUCCACGACCUGUAACGCUGGGAUAUUCUUCACCACCUGUAACGCUGGGAUAUUCUCCACGACCUGUAACGCUGGGAUAUUCUCCACGACCUGUAACGCUGGGAUAUUCUCCACGACCUGUACCGCUGGGAUAUUCUUCACCACCUGUAACGCUGGGAUAUUCUUCACGACCUGUAACGCUGGGAUAUUCUCCACGACCUGUAACGCUGGGAUAUUCUUCACGACCUGUAACGCUGGGAUAUUCUCCACGACCUGUAACGCUGGGAUAUUCUCCACGACCUGUAACGCUGGGAUAUUCUUCACGACCUGUAACGCUGGGAUAUUCUUCACCACCUGUAACGCUGGGAUAUUCUCCACGACCUGUAACGCUGGGAUAUUUACGACCUCUGAAUUCCGAGUCUUUAGGAUAG